UACUAAUAAAGAAGCUGGCUUCCGAAGAGGUGAGAACCGGUUUCAGCUGGACGCCACAAUGCCUCCCACUCAAGCGGAAAGUGUUAUAAAGAAUAUUAUAAGAGAAAUAGGACAAGAAUGCUCAGCCCAUGGAGAGAUUGCUUCUGAAACAGUUGUUGCUUUUAUGGUCAAAGCUGUUGUCCUUGACCCAGGUAAUGGCUUCAACAUGGAUAGGACACUCAUAAAAAGUGAUGUGAAGAAACUUGUUAAGCUUUGUGUGGCACGGCUAUUGGAUAGUAAAAACCCAUCCCUGGAUACAAUUAAGAUGCAGGUCUACUUUGAUAUGAAUUACACAAGUCGAGAGGACUUUCUUGAAGAACAUCACCGGGUCUUGGAGUUCAGAUUAGGCUCUGUUAGCAGAGAAAUUACAGACAACAGAGCAUGUGCUAGAGAAGAACUGGAAAGCCUUUACCGAAAGAUUGUCAGCUAUGUGUUACUACGAUCUGGGCUUGGAUCCCCCACAGACAUCAAGGUUGUCAGAGAGGCAACAGCUGCUCUUCAGAGUGUUUUUCCUCAGGCUGAGCUUGGAACAUUUCUUACUCUUGGUAAGAAGGAUAAAGAAUGCCAGUUGAAAGAGCUCACCAUGAUUGUUACUGGAAUUCGAUUAUUUAACAGAGACUGUGGAAGAGGAGGAGAAGGCAUUGAUGAUUUGCCAGCUAUUCUCCAAGAAGCAAUUCCAGGAACCACACAGCAUAUUGAGUCCCAGCUUCAGAUUGCCCAGGAACAGGCAUUUCGCUACACAGCCAUCCUUGAAAAAGUAACAAAGAAUACACCCAUGAGCAAAGAACUUGAGCCGCACAUGUUAAAGGAAGCUCUCUAUAAUAUUCGACAGUAUGAGAUCUUCCUUCAGAUUGUUUUGUCAGAUAUAAUUACUUGUGCUCAAGAAGUGGAAAUGAUGAUAAAGCAGUUAGCAGCUCAACUGGAACAAUUAAAAAUGACAGUAAAAUCAAAGACAGCUGUCCCAACAUCACAAGUCUUUCCCAUCUUCAUUGCACUAGCCAGUCUGUGGGUUAGUUUUCAGGAUGAAACUGUUUUGAUUAGUGUCCUCAGUAAUUUGACCACUAACCUUGAGCUAUUCCUGGGCACUCACGAACUUCUCUUUCCUGAGAAAGUGAUAAAAGAUCUUCUUGAUGGAGCGACUGUGAAAACUGAUCUGUGUAGAAUUAAAGAACACAUGGAAGAAAGAGUACAGUUGGCAGAUUUCAGAAAAUUGGAAUGGCUUUUUCCAGAAACAACAGCAAAUUUUGAUAAACUGCUAAUUCAGUAUCGGGGAUUUUGUGGCUACACAUUUGCUGCAACAGAUGGUCUUCUCCUUCCAGGAAAUCCAACAAUUGGAAUUUUGAAAUACAAAGAAAACUAUUACACUUUCAAUACCAGAGAUGCUGCAUAUUCAUUCGCAGAAAAUCCUGAACAUUAUAUUGAUCUAAUUAAAGAAAAGGCCAAAAAGAAUGCAGAAUUAAUUCAGCUACUGGAACUUCAUCAACAGUUUGAAACUCUCAUUCCAUAUUCUCAGAUGAGAGAUGUUGAUAAACAUUACAUAAAACCAAUUACAAAAUGUGAAAAUAUCACACAGACAGAUACACAUAUACUGCCACCAACUACCGUGAGAUCAUAUGAGUGGAAUGAAUGGGAAUUAAGAAGAAAAGCUAUAAAAUUGGCUAAUUUGCGCCAGAAAAUUACUCACUCUGUACAAACUGAUCUUAGUCACAUGAGAAGAGAAAAUUCCUCACAGGUGUACCCUUUGAAAGAUGCUAGCACACAGUCCAUAAAAGAAGGCAGCUCUCGAGUACCCAGGCCCCAGAUUUACAUAGCUGGUCUUCGAGGGGGACAAAGCAAAACCACUCAUGGGGUAAAGGUAAACUUGACUAGAGCAGCUGAUGAAACCUAGAGAUGGCACUUUAAAAGUUUUUCAUCAGUUAUGAAGUAUAGCGGAUACAUCUGUGAAUGUUAGUUUUGUGGGGGUGGUACAGUCACUGAUUGUGUGAACGUUUAUUAGAUCCCUGUAUUCUAUCUGACUGCUGUAAAAAUGUCAAAGUA